UCACUGGCUUCCUCCCGUUGGUGUGUGCUCAGGAUUUUGCAUUUGGUCCUGGAAAGCCGCGCAGUUCCCAACUAAGUAUUUUAUUCUGUUUUUAUUACGAAUGUGCCGACUACAACGCCAUCAAAUUUGAAUAAAAGCAUCGGACAUUUAAAGCCAUCUGAAGCCACCUCCUUGGAGACUCCUGCUUUCUCAGAGUGUAUUCAACAUGUGGGAAUAAUUCACAUCAAACAACAUUCCACCACUCAUUCCCAGUGGAUCAAACCUGGCAGCGAUGCAGGCUGGUCUUCAGGUAACCAGCAGCACCUCUCUCCAGAUCCCUCCCAAGCCCGGGACUGCUGUACUCAGAAACCGACACCCAAUCCUACUGGACACCUUCCAGCCCGUCCUGGUCCAGGCCAUUAUCAAUCCUCAGCAAGGUAUGGAAGGACCCCUCCAGACACCACAGCCCCCCAGGACCUGCAGCUCACCCGGACCUUCUGGGAAGUCCUGCUGGAGCUUAGAUGCCAGGGUGGCCGUGCUUCUGGUGACUCUGGCUGGAGCUGUAAUCCUGCUGCUGCUCUACAAACUCCUGCAGCUGAGACACAGGCUGAGGUUGGCCAGGGCGAGGCAUGCACUAGAGUACUACAGCUUCUACCACACCGCCACCUACACACUCAAACACGCUGCGUCCUGUCAGGACCUGCCAGGCAAAAACGGGACAAUCCCUGAAGCUACACCACCUGUACAAGUAGUCGUAACCCCGGUGACCCCAACUGCCGUCACCCCGCUUCCACCCCCACCGGUGCCCUCUCCACCCCCACUGCCACUCCCCCCACCUCCUGUCCUGCCUCCACCACUGCUCCACGCUCCACCGUCUCUCACUCCAGCACCUGCUGUCCUGGCCUUCCCUCUCCCGCUGCCUGUGUUCCACACCACCCCGCCCAGCCCUCACCUGUCGUGGGGCGCCUGCUCGGACGCAGAUGUGUACUCUCGGAUCGGCGCUUUCAGGCCCUCCAGACUCUCCAGUCUUUCCAACCACUCGAAAGUCAUCCUUUUUGAACACUCGUCCCUCUGAACCCCCAGAACAUGACUGGAGACGUCACCAAAUGUGAGAAGACUGUAGUGAUUACCAAAAACAUAUUCUUCUGAUGGACUGAUAAUCACCCGGGGAUGAGUGUGUUUGCCAUGAGUACUGUAUACUGUAUGUACGCAGUAUACGUAUAUUCUUCUUUAAAGGGGCUGCACUCGAUAUUCAGAACAAGUGGUCUGGGAUUAGCCUGACAGAACUCACCAUUGGCAGGGCUCAAUCCGAGGGAUGGGAUAAACGGUUGUCUUUCAAAUUCCCU